AUGGUUCCUCCACGACCUCCUGCUAACAAGUGCCAUGUCUGUCUGACGGCAGUCCUCAUCAUGACGAGCCUGGCGCUGAUGGACGCCUACCUGGUAGAACAGAAUCCUGGUCCCAGGAGGGUCGGUGUGUGCGUCACCGUACUGGCCGUGGACGCGUGUUUCCUCAUCGCGCUGCGAUAUGUCGCCGUCUGGGCUGGGUCGGAGGUCCACACAGCCAGACGAGGCUACGCCAUGAUCCUCUGGUUCUUCUACAUCUUCAUCCUGGAAAUCAAGGUCUAUUUUGUGUAUCAGAACUACAAGUCUCAGGAUGUAGAUGCAGAGACAGAUGCAGGCGUGUCCAGGAGAGGUCUCACACUGCUGCUGUCUGUCUGCAUGCCCACUGUGUUCAUAACUCUGGCAGCCAUAGAUCAUUUGGAGUACCUACGGCCGUACAAAAAAAGAGAGGAGAUACGGAGUCGUCUCUUCUGGGUGGUGGUGGACCUGCUGGAUGUUGUGGACGUUCAGGCCAACCUGUGGGAGCUUCAGAGGGAAGGGCUCCCCCUGUGGGUGGAGGGAUUGAUGUUCUUCUACUGCUACAUCCUCCUCCUGGUACUGCCCUGUGUCUCCCUGAGUGAGAUCAGCAUGCAGGGGGUGAACAUUGUCCCACACAAAAUGAUGCUCUACCCAAUCCUCAGUCUCGCCACCAUCAACGUCAUCACCCUUCUGAUCCGCAGCGGAAACCUGCUGAUUUACGGGGACAUCCGAGUGUCUGGGAUCAUGAUGGGCAAGAACGUGAUCGCUAUAGUCGUGAAGUGCUGCAGUCUGGCGCAGUACAGGAAACACCAGCAGGCUUCUCCUCCCGUAGAUCGAGGAGCUGAGAUGCAAAAGAGCUCUCUGGUGGACGUUCAGAUCAACAACAUCCAGCCGUUGGUGCUGCCCAGAGUCGUGAUCGAGGACUUCACCACCAUACCGGAGGAAGACGAGCAGAGUGAGGACGAAAAGAAGCAAACGUGA